CUUGCUGCUCUCUCUUACCUCCCUCCUCCACGUUUGUGCGCCAUCUUCGUGAUACCCUUUGAGACUCGACCAUCAUCGUCCCCCUCUAUCCCCAUUGUUCCGCUACCGUUGCAACUCUUCCGCAAAAAAGAAAAGCCGAUAUUGUGGUUUUGGUGGGAGCUAGUCUGUUGAGAGAAACGCCCGCAGCAGACCUUGACCACGACCGAAUUCUGCCAGAUAAACAAACGAAAAAACUCGAGUCUCUUCGCUCCACACACCUCGAGUCGCGGCCGCAGAUUCAGCCCGUCUAUAGACUGCCAGUCGAACAAUUUACCAAAUUCUCAACUUCAAUACAAAUUACCAGUCGCAAUCAUGAUGUCCGGCGAGGCAUGGCUGUACCUGUUGGCGGUACUAAUUAAUGCCGUCAACCUCUUCCUACAAGUGUUUUUCACGAUCAUGUACAGUGAUCUGGAAUGGUGAGUUCUGUCCUUUCUACCAUUUUGCCGCCCACCCACUUUCGCCAUAUGCGGAUUGCGUAUUUGGCACAGGCACCAGCAAAAGUAUCUGCUAUUGAUAAUCCAUGCUAACCCGACGGCAUAAUAGUGACUACAUCAACCCAAUCGACCUCUGCAACCGUCUGAACACGUAUAUCAUUCCUGAAGCUGCAGUUCAUGGCUUCUUGACUUUCCUCUUCCUUAUCAACGGGUACUGGGUCGCACUCAUUCUCAACCUGCCACUCCUGGCAUUCAACAUCAAGAAGUACGUCCCAUAAUUUCGAAGCAUAUAUGGCUCAUGGCAUUGCAAAUACCUGGCAAUAGACGAGAAAGAGCUUUGCUAACGUAGGAUACAGAAUCGUCGACAACGCACAUUUACUAGAUGCCACGGAGAUUUUCAGAAAACUCAACGUUCACAAGAAGGUAAUAUAACUUUGCUUGGCAAAUAUCAAAUAAUUGGUGUACUAACACUCCAAUAGGAAUCAUUCAUCAAACUUGGUUUCCAUCUUAUAAUGUUCUUUUUCUACCUAUACAGCAUGAUUGGUAUGUACCCCACACCACCUCCCAGUUGCUUUUGAUAUUUUCAAGAAUCAUACUAAACGUCCAUAGUUGCCCUCAUCCGCGACGAGUCUCAUUGACUUACCACCUCAAUUUCUUGCCCAGGGUAAUUUCGAAGAGUAAGAAGCUUUGAACUGCUGUGUUAGGCAAAAGUAGACAUGUGAACGAAUGGUCUGAGGGCGGUUUUCCUUGUACGAGGAGGGGAAUUAAAACGGGUUGGGAAUGUGUAUAGCGAUGAUAAGAUGGCAGGAUAAUUACUUGAGCGAAGAUAUGCAACGAUGAUACGACGUUAAGGGUUCCGGAGCCGUGCUUCCUUGGUGUGUUAUUAAGGGUAUUGGGUGGUGCAUAUUUCCACUUUGGGGACUUCUGGUGGAAGUCGUGAGAUGAUAGAUACCUGUGUAUGCAGUAUAAUGGCAUACUCUCAAUCUGGAUUUUUCAACUUUGUCG